ACAAACCAACAUUUCUGUCACAACACACAAACCCUUACUUUCCUCUUUCUUACUUUAUCCUUCCACACCCCCAAAAUGGCUUGAUCGGACUCCUCAAUCCGCCGCCGUCCACUACCCUCUCCUCCGCCGCCACCUCCUCCUCCUCCUCCACCGUCUGUUUAUAGUGCAUAGUUGCAAUGGAAGAUUCGGAUUCAGGUUCGGAUUCGGUUGCUAUGCUGUUGGAGUCGACAACUUCCAAAAUACAGCAACUCCAGAAAGCAUUUGCUGAGCUGGAGAGUCAGCGCGCGGUGACGCUGAACUUGAAAUGGAAACAAAUCGAGGAGCAUUUUCAUGGGCUUGAGAAGUCGUUGAAGAGGCGGUUUACGGAGCUGGAAGAUCAAGAAAAGGAGUUCGAGAUGAAAACCGUGCAAGCGCAAAAAGUGCUUGAGAAACGACGUGCUGCGGUUAAUGCUAAGGAAGAAGCUUCUUUGACGAGACUUCAGGAGAAACGAGACGUUGCAGUGAUUGCUAUCUCGAAUGCGCUUAAGAAGAAUAAGAACGUACGUGUGGAAUGUGUGUCGGAAUCUGAAUCUGGAACUGUUAAUGGUGAGAAACCGGUUGACGCAGUGGCUUCGGAAAGUGAGGUUAUUGUGAACAAAACGUUGGUUGGAAACGAUGAUGUGAAACCGUUAACGAAUCCACAGCUUGCAAAGUUAUGUGUGGAGAUGGAUGCAAGUGGACUUCACAAGUUCAUAUCGGAUAACCGUAAGAAUCUUGCUUCGAUAAAAGAGGAAAUGCCGAUUGCGUUGAAGGCUUCACGUGAUCCCGGUGGUCUGGUUUUGGAUUCACUGAACGGUUUCUAUAUUGCGGAAGGGUCAAAUUUGGAUGUGAAAAAGGAUUCGAAUCUUUUAGGUUUGAGGCGAACGUGUAUAAUGUUAAUGGAAUGUCUUAGCGUUCUGCUUGCGAACCUUGAUGCGAGUGCUGUAACUAAGGUGAUCACGGAAGAUGCGAAGAAUAGAGCAAAGGGUAUUGCGCAAGAAUGGAAACCGAAAUUGGAUGAUCUUGAUUUGGAUGCUAGCAAUGGGAACUCGUUGGAGGCUCAUGCGUUCUUACAACUUGUUGCUACUUUCGGUAUUGAUUCGGAUUCCAUUCAUGAAGAUUUGUCUAAGUUGAUACCGAUGGUCUCUAGGCGUCACCAGGCGGCUGACCUUUGCCGCUUCCUUGGGUUGUCUGACAAGAUGCCAGGUGUAAUUGAUGUGUUGGUAAACAACGGAAGGCAUAUUGAUGCUGUUAACCUAGCAUUUGCGUUCGAACUCACCGAGCAAUUUUCUCCGGUUACGUUACUGAAAUCCUACUUGGCAGAAGCAGUUAAAGUUCCUUCCACCGUCAAAGCCGGAAAUUCUUCUCCAGCUACUCAGAAUGACGUCAGCGAUAAAGAACUAUCUGCCCUAAAAGCCGUCACCAAAUGCAUUGAAGAACACAAGCUUGAAAACGAGUACCCAUUAGACCUGCUUCAAAAACGGAUCCUCCAGCUGGAGAAAGCCAAGGCAGAGAAAAAACAAGCAACAGAAGUUGUCAAGCCUCAAUCCAAGAGACCCCGAGCCAAUGGUGUAGUAGCAGGAUACGGGCCCCGCAACACCACCGUCACUCCCACUGCCGACCAAAACUUCUAUGCCGCUAGGUAUACACCACCGACUCAAUACAUGUAUUACCCUGGACCACCCGAGAACCAUGUUCACUCAUUUAUAGGAACAACUACUUACAACAUGGCUCCUAACCAUGGACCGUACUUUGGGAAUGGGUUUCAGUACCAAGCUCCGUAUCUGCACUAAGUUUCGAGUCGUGAUAAGAAAGUUUGAUCAUGAUCUUGUUUAACUUCUAGGUCUUUAACCCUUUGAGUUACUCGUAUGAUGAACUUGAUUUGGAAAAACCGUGGAAAAUCUAAGGAAAAAAAAAACAGUAUGUUAGCCUUGGUUAUUGUGUAAUUUGUUUGUAUAAGUUGAUGUUGUAAUUCUUUAAUACAUGUGUUGUCAAUGUUGUUAGCUUUGUUUGUU